AAUUGCUGUCUGGAGAAGGCCCACAUGGCACCGAUGGAGCAUCGUGUUGCUGGAUGACCGGUGGACAGGGUUCUGGCUGGGGAAAGCGAGGUGCUGCCCAUACUUGAAUACCUCCGCAUUAGCACCCCACAGUCGUGCUGACGGUAUAAGAAGCUGCCACCCGCCCUGAGUAACAGCUUUCAUCCACUCCCUGUCUGGCCGAUUAUAUCGACUCCCCAGCUCGUGGCUCGUUGAAACGUUGCCCCGAACCUUGAAAAGUCUGCCCACCAUGUCUUUCAAGCUACAGAACCCAUGGAAGGAGAACCUGAAGGACACACCGAAAGAGUCCCUUAACUGGCGACUCUGGUAUGGUGUACUCGUCUUCGGUCUGAUGGGCGCCGCCCGUGGUAUCGACGAAGGUCUCAUCGGUACGACCGCUGAACUCGAGCCCUUCAAGAAGAAAUUCGGUCUCGAGGAUCACCACAAGUCGGCACACGAGAAGGCUGAGCUUCUGUCCAACAUCACUUCCAUGGUGCAGAUGGGCUCCAUCCUCGGUGCUCUGGUCGCAUUCGUCGUCACAGAUCGCAUCGGUCGUCUCUGGGCCACACGCCAGCUCUGUGUUAUCUGGGUCAUCGGUAUCUCGAUUUUUCUUGCUAGCAGCGCAACUGGAAGCAUUGGCAUGAUCUACGCUGGUCGUUUCAUCGCCGGUAUCGGUAUCGGUCAGACCACUGUCGUUGCACCCACCUACCUUGCCGAGACUGCUCCUCGUGCUAUCCGUGGUCUUUGCGUGUGCGCAUUCUCAGGUGCGGUCUACAUCGGUAUCAUGUUGGCAUAUUUCGCUUCUUGGGGCUCUUCGAUCCAUAUCUCAUCCAAGACCGACGCUCAGUGGCUUGUUCCUAACAGCAUGCACCUGAUGUUCGCUGGUAUCAUCUUCAUUCUAUCAUUCGGCGCCAAGGAAAGCCCUCGUUGGCUUAUCAAGGUUGGCCGUCACGAGGAGGCCCUGAAGAAUCUUGCCCAGCUCCGCAACUUGCCCGCUGACCACCCAUACAUCACCACCGAGGUCAUCGAUAUCAACGAUCAGCUCAACCGUGAGCGCGAGGCUACAAUGGGCACGUCAUGGCUGGGUCCUAUCAGGGAGAUGUUCUCCAGCAAGUCCAACCUUUACCGUCUCCAACUCUCUGUUAUGUCUCAGUUGCUCGGACAGUGGAGCGGUGCCAACAGUAUCACAAUCUACGCUCCCCAGUACUUCGCCAUGAUGGGUACGACUGGCCAGAACGAGAAGCUCUUCGCGACUGCCAUCUUCGGUGUCGUCAAGUUCGUCUCUAGUAUGCUUUGCGCUUUCUUCCUCAUCGACUUCAUCGGCCGCAAGCGCUCUCUUUCGACCGGUAUCACCAUUCAGUUAGUUUCUAUGCUCUACAUGGGUAUCUUCCUCCUCAUCGACAACAAGAUCUCCGACAAGAGCGUACCCCAAUCCACGAGCCAGAAGCACGCUGCUAUGGGUGCUAUCGUCAUGAUCUACUUCAGCGGUUUCGGAUGGGCUCUGGGUUGGAACUCCAUCCAAUACCUGAUCAACUCAGAGAUUUACCCGCUCCGCCUGCGUGCUCUUGGUGGAUCCUUCGCCAUGACUUUCCACUUCGUCAACCAGUACGGAAACUCCAAGGCUGUCCCUCUUAUGUUCUUGUCCAUGACUACUGGUGGCACCAUGAUCUUCUUCAGCUGUAUUACCGCUAUCGGUCUUGCGUGGGUCUGGUUCUUCCUGCCUGAGACCAGUGGACGCAGUCUCGAGGCCCUCGACGAGAUGUUCAACCUCCCCUGGUACCUCAUUGGUCGCAAGGGUGCCGCUCUUACCGCCGGAUCGGGCGGUUUGUCGGAGGUCCUUGACCACGCUGGCGAGAAGGCUGCUACCGUCGAGAUGGAGAACUCUGACACUAAGGUCCAGGGUGAGGAGCACACCGUUGAGCGCAAAGUUUGAGCGCGUGGGAAAGGCAUAUGUUGGUUGGAAUGCAAGGGCAAAGCUCCAUCUUUCUUAUGAAUACGAAUCACGAACGAUCGAAAG